AUGUUAAUCAAAAAUCCCAAAGAAGUUAAUAGCCUGGCAGUUAAUUGUGACCUAGAUCCCAAAGUAGAUAAUUUACUGAUCGAGCUUAAUGGCAAAGUAAUGGUAAUUAAUGCAACAGUCGGCCCUAUGAGAAAGUCCCCCGGAAUUUUAUCGGAAUUGAUACUUAAUAACCGGAACCAUAAGGAAUUGUUUCGGAAAAGAGAAGGAAUUAAUACUGGACUGUGA